AUGGCGGAGAAACUGUAUAGAUAUGGAGAACUAUAUUGGGUUAAAUUCGAUGAGGAAACUGUUGGCACCGAAGUAAGAGGUUCACGACCAGGCUUAAUUAUUUCUGAUAAUUAUUAUAAUGAAAUUAGUAGGCGGGUGAUUGUUCUGCCGUGUUCGAAAACUUUGGAUCCGCUUUAUUCCUUUGAAUUGUUUUUGCCGAAAGUGGUUAAAAAUAUCAAAGUUAAGAAAGAUUUUGCCCUUGAGGGAGUUAUUAAAAGCCAAAUUAUAAUGACAUUACUAAUUGAAACUCAAAAUACUAUCUUACAGAAAGAAAUCAAAGAUUUAGAAAAUAAAAAUAAAUUACUAAGCCAAAAGAAUAGUUAUUCUACUAAUAAUGCUAAAUCUAGUGAUAAAUUUAUUCUUUAUGUUGGAGGUGGG